UUCUUUCUUUCUUUCAUUUUUUUACUUUUGCAACAAUCAACAGAAAACAUAUACUGUCUCUUUGAGAAUGUCUUCGUGGUGACAUACGCUGAGCUGCCAGCUUUGCACCGGGAGGAGGACGCUCUCUGCUCCGCGAUCGUCCAGCAGAGUUCAAGAGGAGAACUUAAAGAACAUCUGUACAGCUGUAGGACACCAGGGAUGAUCUCUCUCGCUGGAGACUUCCACCCAGAGUACAGAGGUUAUUCCUCCAAGCACCCGAGAGAGACCCAGGGAGGAAGACCGUGGCAGAAACAAUAAGAUGAGACGAUUUAAUGAUGGUAAACUCUAAGGAGCAAAGCACAAGCCGACCCGAGGUGGUGCAUUCUCUUUUAAACCACCGACACAAGCUCCCUGCAGGAAACCCCUUAUGAAAGAAACUCAGUAUAAAGGCAGAUACUCGACUUUUUUCCGACUGAUACAUGGGGACAACACCAUCCAUCAAUGAACAGGAGACAAAUAAAAGGAGUGCUUCUGACCCUGAGAACAGUUGAACAUCCAGCUGAAUUUCCAACAGGAUCGUCUAUGCUGUGCUGAAACCACAGUGGUAUCGUCCCUUUAAUCAUUUUUUGGCCCCGCACAUGACUCUCAGAGAAGCACCAAUGGCCUGCAGCUUAGGCGUGGUGAUGAGUGCCUUGUUUUGGUCUGUAGCCAUUGUAUAUUUGACUCACAUUGGCAGAGUCAGUGGAGACUGCUGGUUGAUUGAGGGUGAAAAGGGCUUUGUGUGGCUUGCAAUUUGUAGCCAAAACCAACCACCUUAUGAGGCCAUCCCACAGCAUAUUAACAGCACCAUUGUGGACCUUCGUUUGAAUGAAAACAAAAUCAAAAGCAUCCAUUAUUCUGCUCUUAGUCGCUUUGCCAACUUGACCUACCUGAACCUGACAAAGAAUGACAUCUCCUACAUCGAGGACGGGGCCUUUUCUGCUCAGUUUAACUUACAAGUCCUUCAAAUGGGCUUCAACAAGAUGCGAAACCUGACAGAGGGAAUCCUCAGGGGUUUAGGAAAGCUACAAUACCUCUACCUCCAGGCAAACCUGAUAGAGACUGUGACACCCAAUGCCUUUUGGGAAUGCCCCAACAUAGAGAACAUUGACCUCUCCAUGAACCGAAUCCAACAGUUGGACGGGUCCACGUUUACCAGUCUGACUAAACUGACCACCUGCGAGCUGUACACUAAUCCUUUCAACUGCUCAUGUGAACUACUUGGCUUCGUCAAAUGGCUCUCGGUUUUCCCAAACAGGACAAACGAGCGGAUGGUCUGCGACUCCCCACCCGGCGUCUCCGGUUUUAGUUUGCUGAGCCAGAAUCCGAACAAUCCGACCUAUCGAAACGCACUCCACAUGCUCAAAACUGUGUGCACGGAUGACUAUGUGACGCCAUUUAUUGCUUUGCCCACUGACUCUUCAACACCCCCGCCAGACUCCACACUUUGCGGGCUGGAAGACUGUCCAUCAGGCACAGAGCCAGAUGACAUUACCAUCAGUUCGACCUACACCACCCCGGAAGUAACCCCUCUGAUGAAUUUGAAGCAAGUAACGAAUACAGGUGCAAUCAUCACAGUUCAGAUCCCCCAUCCUUACAAAAAGAUGUACAUCCUCAUUCUGUACAACAACAGCUUCUUCACCGAAAUUCGAAAUCUAAAAGAUAUAACACAGGAUAUCGAACUGAAAGACCUUAAACCCCACACUAACUACACAUACUGUGUGGCUUCAAUACGAAACUCCCUCAGACACAACCACACUUGUCUGACUGUCACUACAGGCCUUCGGAUCGAGAAGGACAGAGAUGUAAACAAUGCAACUGCUACUCAUUAUAUUAUGACCAUUUUAGGCUGCCUCUUUAGCAUGGUCAUCUUUCUUGGGGUGGUCUACUACUGCUUGCGAAGAAAGCGUCAGCAAGAUGAAAAGCACAAAAAAGCAGGGACCCUGAAGAAAAAUAUAAUGGAGCUUAAGUAUGGACAAGAACUGGAAGGGGGGACUAUUUCCCGAAUGUCACAGAAGCAGUUGUUGGCCGGGGAGAGCAUGGCCCGUAUGCCAUACCUACCAUCUGCUGCUGAAAUGGAGCAGUACAAAUUUCAAGAGAUAAGUGAUACUCCCAAAAUGAUGAAGGGAAACUACAUGGAGGUGCGAAGUAUGGAACACCAUGAACGCAGGGAGUGUGACAUGGGAAUGCCCGGGAACAGCCAGGGGUCAGUGGCAGAGAUUUCCACCAUUGCAAAAGAGGUGGAUAAAGUCAAUCAGAUAAUUAACAACUGUAUAGAUGCUCUAAAGUCAGAAUCCACCUCUUUUCAAGGAGUGAAAUCCGGAGCCGUGUCGAACGCAGAGCCUCAGCUCGUUCUAAUAUCGGAGCACCCACAGAAUAAGUCCGGCCUUCUGUCGCCAGUGUACACGGACAGCUAUCACCAUUCUCUGCAGAGGCAUCGGAGCUCUGAUGUCUCACCAAAGAGGCCCAGCACUGCCACAGGAGGGCCGAUGCGAAGCCCCAGGCCUUAUCGCACUGAAUCCAAGUACAUAGAGAAAACCUCCCCGAUGGGAGAGACCAUCCACACUGUAACACCUGCUGCCACCAUCCUGAGGGCUGAGGCAGAGAAGAUCCGCCACUACAGUGACCACCGGCACUCAUACCCCGACGCUCACAUAGAGGAGCUGGAAGGAGCCGACGGCCACAAGUCCUCCAUGCUGGACCCGCUCACUCACGCCCGCUCCAGAGACUUAGCAUAUUCCCAGCUGUCGUCUCAGUAUCACAAUCUAAGCUUUUCUUCCAGUCCCGAGUACUACUGCAAACCUUCACAUAGCAUCUGGGAGCGGUUCAAACUCCACCGGAAGCGGCACAAAGAUGAUGAUGAGUACAUGGCCGCCGGGCAUGCACUGCGUAAGAAAGUCCAGUUUGCAAAGGAUGAGGACCUGCACGAUAUUUUAGACUACUGGAAAGGAGUGUCAGCCCAACAGAAAUCAUAAACAAUUUCAAUGUUUUUAAAAUGGACCACAAGUUGCAGAAAUGACACAAGAACUUCAUCUGACUAUUGAAUCAAUGGAAACUUCCAUUAUUAUAAUCAACUACUCACUCGCGUGUAUAAAAUUCUUUUUUCGACUGUGACAAAAAUGGGGUAAACAUUCUUUAAAUUUGUCAUAUUAUGUAAAGCAUCCAACGGGAAAACUUUUAUCUAUUAAAGAGAAAAUAUAUAUUGCAAAUUAAUGACAUAUAUGUUACAAUGGAUUAUAGGUUUUUGGGUAUCGCAUGGCCAAGUCCUGUGACAGUGGAUUUGCUGUUGUGUAAUAUGAAACUACUAUAUGAAGAUAUGUUUAAUGAAACCUCAAUAUUUUUGAAGAACUAUCUGGAACUUUUAUUGAAAAUAACUUUUUGGUUUUCCUUCCCUCCCUGAAUUAAUUUGAUUUAACAGAAUUAUGUACAGAUAUGGGUUUCUAUAUUUGCAAUGUUUGCUGUGUAAAUGGAAAGGUAAUACUGGAUGAGCUGGGUUUAUCAAACGGAGCGCUGUUCAUUAGGAUUAUCUUGUUGCUGUCCGACUUCAAACUUGUCCGGACAUUUGUCAUUUUAACCUUUGCCGCCUGAUGUUUUUUUUCAUACAUAAAUAUAUAAAUAUAUAUAUUCUCAUCUUUCUUAAAGCUUUUACAUGCAUUUACAUGAUACAGAUGGUUUCAGGUAUCAAGUCCCCUUAAAUCACAGGACGAGAUUUCCACUGGCUGGUUUGUGAUCGACUUUGUGAAGGCGAGCUGCAGCGAAUCACACGCUGCACUGGAGCUCGGUUAUCAGUGUUGUGAACCAUUGUUUGUAUCUUUAGUACCAAAGUAGAAAAAGCUGAAAUGUUUACAAUAUCUCUGCACAGUCUGGGAAUCAUAUGAACAUACAGCAGUAGGUCUAUGUUGACUCCUCCUUUUUUCUUUUUUUUUACUGUAUCAGUUACGACUUAAAAAGUGAAAACAUUGGGAAACAACAAUUUCCACAACACAACACGAGAUGGUAAUGAUAUUAAUCAUUAAACAUUUCUAAGGGAAAGCAGCAGUGCUCCAUCACCUGUUGUUUGGGUACACAAACAGCUGCUCUUCCCUGCAGGAGAGCCCGAUGGAUGAAUGUAACAGAUACUUCUUCUGAUCUGUCAAUGGCAGCUUUUAUGUGUUUUUUCAAGGAAAUAUUUAUUUGCUGUUUUUGCCGACUGUUCUAUUUGGUUUGUUUAUGUUUUGCUUUAAUAUUUCUUCCAGUGUAUUAUAUUGCAUAACUUUUGAUCCGAUACAUGCAGGAAAGUAGAUUGUCGUUUGUCCGGGCCUUGUUGCUUGCUGAAAGGUUUUGUUUUAUUUCCAACUGCUAGGCUGUUAAAUAUUUUUUGUAUAUUGUGAAAGCUACAUACCAGAUGAAUAUCAACAUGCUAGACUAAAAUUUGAGAAUGUGAAACUGAAUCCUCUGACUUACUGGCUGUGAAUUUGUAAAUCAUGACGUUUUUUUAUUUCUUUUGUUUUUUUCGAGGAAAUCGAAGAUUAGAUUUUUCUUUGUAAGCUGUUUAUAUAAUUUAUUCCAAACAGGCUCAUAAUGUUUCAUUGAAUGUUUAUGAUUAAGUGAUAAGUGUUUAAUUUCCUAAAUAAAAAAAAGGUACUAGUUGUUCUAGUAUUGAAUUAGAGUAACCAGCAAAUCAGCACGAGAAAAUAGAGAUGAGUGUGUGUUUUAACAGUUGAUGGUGCUAAUUCUCCAGUUGGAAGGCCAUUGGAUCAUUGUAGAAGAGGAGGCUGAUGAAAACAUAACAGAGGUAAACAACAUAGUUUGUUCAAUACAUCGAAGUGAGCGACUGCACAUUCAAACACAUACAACUAAUUAACACUUCUUUAUAUUGGACAGCUGUAAUACGUGUGGUGCUUUAAACAUACCACAAACAAAAUUUCCCAUGAUUGUUAUUUCCAAUAGUGUGAUAACGACCUAUUUUUUGAGGCACAUAUAUGCAAGACAAGGACUUGCAUCUAAAUGUAUCUUCCCUUGGAGGGUCAACAAAAAUUGAACACGUCUCAUCAAAUAAUAAAAAAAAAAUCAUUAAUGAUAUUUUGCUGUGCAUGUGAUGUGAAUUGAGAUAGCAGAGCUGACCCUAUAGAAUGAAUCUACCGGUGACAUAUUAUUUCAUGUCAUAUUAUGUUCAUUGUGCAAAAGUGUGUUACAAAGCUGUUAUUAUUCAUUAAUGUGAAAUGAAGCAUUCAUGAGCCUGAUGUGAAUGUGUUAUGUAAGCACCUUGUAAAAUGUUAACUUGGUUGUCUGACCUAAUAUUUCAACCGCCUUAAGAUUUCUGGGAUACAUGUACAAAUGUAAAAUCCCUUUUUGUUUUAUGUUGAUACCGUUGAUGAGUCUCCAUUUGUUGUUAUUUUUAUAAAAAGUAUUUCAGUAUCCUCUGAGAGCUGUCAGGUUUCUAGUUCAUUUAGCUAUUUAGCGACAUGUUUUUUAUACUGCAUAUUGUAGCACUUAUGUGUCUAAUAAGAGUUUAAAUUGUUGAGGAAAAACCUUUAGAGAGAUCAACUGUUGUUGUUCAAGUGCAUCAAAAACAAACAAGAGCACAAAAUGUGUUUAUUUUGUAAUUAUUUCUUAAUACUAUGUUAUCUGCUUUCAGACAAAGUACUGUGAAAUAAAGUUAA